CAAAUCGCCAAGAUUGUGUUGAUCGAAGAUGUCACAAAUCGAAACCUUCCGUUCUGCAUAGCCUACUAGUUACUAAUGCCGAUUGCGAACUGGAUGGUCAACUUCCUACCUGCAAUUCAAAUGCACUAGUAGUAUAACCAUCGAGCAAGAUGUACAGUGGUUAUGUUGAGACCAUCAGCAGCUUCGACCAGGGCAUGUUAGAUGAUGCCCAAAUCAUUGAUACAACCCUACUGCCACCAGAGUAUAUGCCACUGUACUACUCACCAAACCCAUGGAAUAAGUUUGCAGCCAUUGAAGAAGACUUUAUAGUAAUCGCCGAGUUCUCAGAACUUGAAGGACCAAAACCUCUGAUAAGCAUUCCAAAUAACAGUAACAAUGAUGGAUUUGAUCUCAACUCAUUUGUUCUCAAGAUUAUGUCUGUGGACCAUCAAAGCACAACGAGCAAGUUCUGUAUGCCUCGAGAUGCACAGGUUGUGCUUGAUGAGUCUAAAGAAGGUGUCUAUGCAUAUGUGCAUCAUUUCACCCUCCACGACUCCCAGGCUAGAGGAUUUGUCCGGCCAUUUUGUAUGGCAUACGUCACCCCAGAUAGCAGGAAGAUAAUGACUUUUUUCGAAGAUAUACAGCGGCUGUUUCAGCAAGUGUCAAAAAACUUCAAGUAUGGUAACCUGAAGCUGUUCUACAAGGAUAUGAAGCACUACCUAGCUGACUUAGAGUUUACUAAAGCCAAGCUCGAACAGUUUAAAAAGCAACCCAAACAGCGAGUUGAACAGAUGACGGAAGAGGAACUGAUUCUCAAUGAAUCCUGUGAUAGAAGUAUUGAUAACAUUAUCUAUGAAAUCCGUGAAAUUAUUGAAGUCAUUCAACCAUUAUUGGAUGAAGACCAAAGGCUGUGCAAGAAGUUCAGAAUGAUUGAAGACCGAGCAUUCCUAAGGGAGAAAAGAACAAGCACAAGCGCCAAGUCGAGCUUUGUUGAGUCGGCCAGUUUUGAUGGUAAUAGCAGCUCACAUAUACAAUCUCAAACAAAGGAGAAAAUAAGGCGAUCUUCUUCGUUUGGUACUGACAUUGUCAAUGUAUCCAUGGAGGACUAUGGUUCGUAUAAGCCCUCACUUGUCAGGCUCCACAGGAGGCGCUUUGAUAAAGCCCUGAGGACCUUACAUGAGCUCAGUCUAUGGGGAGCAAAGGAAGGCAUCAAUGGCCUACGCAAUAUUCUCAGAUACUUCAGACGAGACACUGCCACACUUCUAAUAGAAAAGAAGGAUUCUGAGUUGACUGAUCCUCCCUCAUGCCUUUUGACCAUAGGUCAGUGUGUCACAAUCAACUUUCUCUUCAGUACUGAUGGUGCGGAUUCGGCCAGUAGCUGGGGCUUGAAGGACCCCACUACAGACAGAAGUGGAUGCUCACCAGAAAAGCUGGCUCGAUGGCUCUCAACUGAUACUCUGGAAAGCUUCAAGUCUGCAGAGUCUUUCUUUUCGGUUAGAGACGACUGUGAAUUCGUCAAAUCUGGUUAUGAACCGAAGUUUGUUGCAGCCGGAAACCCUUGCAGUGAACAACGAAGGAGCCUUGUUGGAGAUGGCGAUUCUAACAGUUUUGAAAUCAUCUCCACCCCUAGCGAUGAAGAAAUAUUUGUGGAGGCCUCAUCUUCUUUUAGCAACCAACAUGAGCUGAAUGAAGCAAUUAAAGUGGCAACUUUAAGACCAGCAGAUGACAGCCCUUGUGAUGAGUACCCAAGUCAAGGUGGAGAUUCAGCUUACUCUGAUAACUUCCAUCAUGUUGGAAAAAAAAUCAAAAUUCCUGUGAUAAGCUCUGCAGAACAUGUGAACAACCUUGAACCAACAUCACCAGGUUACGGCAUCCUGAAGUUCGUCAACACGCACAAUUAUAGUCAUCAUUUGUUUGCCUCGAUGCUGAUGGGACGGCCAGUGGUGGUCAUCGGCAAGUUAGAACGGGAUGUGAAGGAUGCUUUAACCACGUUGGGGCUGUUUGUGCCUGGAUAUUCUAGUCGACGGAAAACAGUGGUGCUAUCUCAGAAUCAACCCCUUAAAAUUACAGACCUGUCGAAACUAACAUUGAUUGGCCUUAUAAAACCCGAGAAGAAAUCUGCUGAGCAUCUAGUUCCAGAAUCGAUUAAGAGAUACGUAACUGUUCUAGACCUGGAUAAAAAGAACUUGUUUUCUCCUGAAUACGAGGGUGGUGUACUUAAGAAGGUGCUUAAACUCAAGAAAGUGUUCAUGUCAGAUGAGGCUUAUCUAGCUUUCAUACAUUGUGUUUUGUUAGACUUGGCGUCGAAGGCUUUCAUACUCUAUCACUGGAUGGUCAGAGAUUCAAUCAAUGGUCUAAGUGACUGCAGCGAACAGUUUCCACCCCUGCUGAACCAAUCACUCAAAGUUGGGGAACUUACCAAGUCCUAUGACUUUAACAGAGAAAAUGACAAACAACUUGUGGAAUUUUUGGCCGAUUUAGGUGUAGAAAAUGGAGACAUUCCUAUAGUCAAGUAUUUUGCAGAGAUUAUCCAGAUCCAACAAACAGAUGACUUCUACACAGACAAAAGGACAGGAUUGCCUGAUAAGCCUGCGCCUUCUGUAAGACUUGAUUAUCGUCAGACGAAUGUCUUCAAAUAAUAGACAAUGACAUAUAACCUCCAUGACGUAUCAUUUAAGUUCCAGAGAUGUUCUUAAAAAAUCACUUUACCUAGACCCCUUUUUUCAGCUGUCUUCCUGAAAAAAUAUUCAGAUCUGUCCACUGUUUUGAUGUCAUAAUUUUCCUUGCUCCUGCUCUCCAUGAAUGAUCGCCGAUCUGAUUCAUUGUUAAAUUGAGGUGGAUUUGGGACCCCUCUUAUGACAGUUGGAUGAAUUUUCAAAAAUAGCAAGUGAAGGGGACAUGAUGUACAUAUGUAUUCAAUACAUCGAGAAUAAUCAGAUGACAUGUAUUUUCCACUCUUCUGAGAACUUAGUUUUCGUCACAGAUAAUUCUUUACUCCAUUGUGUUAUAGCAGUCUAAGCAGCAUGUCACCUUGACCUUAUCCAUCCUUCUCUGAGGCUCUUGUCUUAAGAGGCUUAAGGGGAAUCGUACAGAUCUCCAUCAAGUGACUCGAAAGAUUUGUUCAAAUAUCUCAAUGUUCCCCGUAUUUGCAAUAGAUGUUUUUUCAUCUCUGCACAACUGUCAAUUAGUCAUCAGUUCCAAUAAAGCCAAUGUACAUUCCUCACUUGAUGAAAUAUUUACUCUGUUUGUCUACAGUGAUUGAUGGUGCAGCUGGGAAAGCAUGUCUAUCUUUAUUCAACAUUCCAAACAAGUUACUUACACAUUUCUUGGCUUCUUAAUGCUGCAAUUAAUCAAGUGAAUGGGGCUGAUCCCCAAAGUUUUAGGUUAAUUGAUGCAUUCUUUUUCUCCUCGCUGUUAGAAUAGGAAGUACGGGCAUUUGUCACAUGGUUACACAAUCAUGUACUUGUCAAGAUUAUCUUGAUACACUGUGGCCAACUGGUUAAAGAAAUAAAAAUGGACAUGCAUCAUUUUUAUAUUGAUGUACACAGCAGUAUUGUUGUCAUCCAUCAAUCAUAAAUGCAUAGAAUCAUGAACAAUUUGAUGGUAAGUUCAUUAUGGAGUUCUACUUUGUCAGUACAUUUCUGUAUUUGCCUGAAAAAUAUUAAAAAAGAGGUGCUAUUAGUUAAUGCUUUAUUAUGUUUAUUUUGCAUAAUGUGUUCUUGAAAUUCCAUAGAUAACUACGUAGAGGUCUGUGAGUUUUGAUUAUGUGAUUUUAAUAGGUGCGGCAAUUCCAUGGUAAAAGAGGAUUGAUGUUUUAUCUUUUCGUCACUCCUGUUUUCUCAUUCUGCUUAUGCCGGAAACGAAAAAACCGCUGUAUUUUCCCUUUCAUGUAGAGCCAGCCAUACUAAUAAACACAUCCUGCAGAAUCAGCUCCUCAACUGGCCAGGAAUCUUAUCUUUUAAAGCUUGUGUAUUCAAGGUAGGCCUUCCAACUUACCGAGCAGCCUACCCUGGAUAAUGCCUGGUAGAGGUUUUGGAAAGUUGGUUCUUCACAAGAAAGACAGACAAAGUGUGUAGUUAUUGGUAAAAAUACAGGUAUAUUCUGAUGGUAAGUUGGACAAUCACUUCGAGAGAGUUUGCAAUUUGUUUGCUAUCCAAAUGACAAACCAACAGCGCAUUUCAUGAUUGAAGAACCUUUAAUUACCUACCCUAUGAGCACAAUGUAAUUUCUUUGGAAGACUUGAACACAGUAAUUCAAACAUUAUUGAAGAGCUAUUCUCCAUUCCCAGGACAGGCCUGCUCAGCAGGUUGGGAAGACCCCUUGGACCUGAUUCUCAGUAAUCAGGGGAAUUCAGGGUGAUAUAUGUAUGUACCAGAAACUAAAGGUUUAUCAUGAGUUGCCCAGCGAACAAGGGAUCACUUUGUGCCAUCUGUUUCAUUUAUUACGAUUCUAACUUUGAUACAUACUUGACACUGGUAAUAAAUGAUGAUAUAAUAUUUGUAAUA